CCUUCCUCCCCUCCCUGGGCCUCCACUCCCCAUUUUCUGAGCUGCAGGAUUGCCUUCAUAUGGGAUUCUUGCCCUGGAAUUCUUUCAUGGUGGGCUGGUUUACCCCCUGGGCCCCCUGACCCCCCGCCGGGUCUCAGCGGUGUUCCAGCAAGUGGGCAGACGAUGGAUGCACCUUGUGUGCGCUCUGUGAGGGUGUCCACCUCUCACCUGCCCCUUGACACUUUGUCCGUCGUUCGCGGGCUGCCCUCCACGUGGUCUGCUGUUGGUCUCCCUGCCCAGUCCCACCAUCUACCCUGCUUAGCUCUGCUUUCUCCCCGGGAUCUGGGAAUCAACGUGUGCAAUCUGAUAAGAGUGUUUACUUCCUCGUGGAUCUCUUGUGCACACUUAUCUCUCCAGUGGCAUUGGCCACGAGGCAGAAAUGCGGUUUUCCUGUAUGUUCUGGGAAGCUCAGAGGGGAAGAGAGAAGCAAGGCUGAGCGGUGCCAGCCGAUGGAUGGUGGAGGAGAGGAACAGAAGUCCAGCUGCACAAAAUGGAGACUGUCUUUGGUCUAAGGGACCUCCAGGGACCUGUUGUCCUAAGAGACCUUGUUUAUGCGAUCAUCAUGGGAGGAGCUAGUGGAGAAGCCUUGUGCUUCGGCUCAGAGAGAUCCAGAGAGAUCUCUGCAUGGGAGUGGAGGUCCGCGUGGAGGUGGCUGGGCCAUCACCUGUGUCAUCCGCGCCUGGGACUGCCGAAAGCCCCUGCUCUUCUGCCCUGCGAUGAACACGGCCAUGUGGAAGCACCCCAUCACUGCGCAGCAGGUGGGCCUGCUCAAGGCCUUCGGCUAUGUGGAGAUCCCUUGUGUGGCCAAGAAGUUGGUGUGUGGAGACGAAGGUCUAGGGGCCAUGGCUGAGGUGGGCACCAUUGUGGACAAGGUGAAAGAAGUCCUCUUCUGGCAUGGCGGCUCUCAGCAGAGCUGAACCUGGCAUUUUUGUUGUGUGUCUCCCUCUGCACUCCGCGUGUUUUCAGGCCAAGUCUGUGAAGAAGGUGGACAUUGGCAAAAUAUGGUGAAGACUUCUGGGUUUGCUGAGUAGGGGUGUAGCCUGGGCCCGUUCCAGAGCCUCCCCAGGGGCCUGGCUUGCUCAGGUUAAAUUAGACCAAAGUUCCAGGUCCCAACUUCUUUCCAACCAAGAGAUGGCUGCUCUCUGGGCCCCUCCCCACAUUCUCCUGGGAUGGCCACAGCAAGCCUGUAUCUGCGUGGUGCUGUGUUCGGGGAGGGGGACUGAGGGCUGACUGAAAACCCCUGAUUUUGCCUCGUGGGCGGAAGUCGCUUCAGCUCCUUGGUGGGCUGCCUGGCUGCCAUGCAGUUGGGGAAGCCUAUAAGCUGGCAAGAUGCUCAGAUUCUCCACAGACUGUGCUGUGAGAUUGGGAGUCCUGGGGAAUAAAGGAAGGUGACCUUUAGGA